AUGGCAUACCAUCCUCAAAAAGUUCCUUGCUUGCGACGCUUAGAAGUUUGCAAAUCGAUGCCGUAUCCAUUGCAGGGGAGUGGCGUGAACUGGGGCCACGACUUUGGUGGACUUGUCCUUCUAGACAACGAGGAUCAUUAUCCAUGGGAAGACAGGGUUUUUGAGAGGGAGGGGGACUCAGAACACUCCAUAUCUGUCAGAGUAAAUCCAAAGGAUAUUCCAGAAAUUGAACAACUUCUCGGGAAACCAUCUCAGAUACCAGCAUUUGUCAAGCUUGGAUCGACAGGUCAGGUCAGACAAAGAGCAGACAUCUUUGGCAGGUUACCUCUGGAGAUUUGUGACAUGAUUGCAUGCUUGCUUCCCACUUCAGAUGUAUUCAAUCUUCGUCAAGUUUCGAAGGUAUUCAUUCCUAUUUUCUCAAACCAACAGUUCUGGGCGUCUAGAUUUAAACCACAUGCCGACCGCUGUUGGCUUUUCGAAUUAUGGAAAGUUCCAGAACCUCAGGACUGGAGAUGGUUAUAUCGACGGACAUGUGAUACUCGUAUAUCGCCUGCGCUUCGGAAUAGGAAGAGGGUUUGGAAGUUAAUUCAGUCUCUAAAGAAUAUAAUAAGCCUUUGUAGGAAGGACAAUUUUGAAGAGCCUGUCUCGCAGGACAAUGUCCUUAGUCGUCGGUACCGGGGGAUUACUGGAGAUGUGAGACAGGAGAAAUCUACUGGGUCCCAUCAUGAUUUUAACGAAGGUUGUCGUCUCUUCAAUCGGCAAUAUGUAUCCAUUUGCCAGUUCAUUUCCCAAACUUCAUUCUCCACUGUUCAGGUUGGCGGUACAGAGUAUGUCUCCGGUAUACGAUUUGUCUCGCCCGAAGGAACUGCCAUAGAAUUAGGGUACUGGUCUGAGAAGAAAGGAUGCUCUGUGAACAUCGCAAGUCUGAGAGGUUUCAACGUGGCGGUAGGCUCAAGAGUCAUUCAAGCAAUACAAGUUAUCACCGAUAAGCGACAUACAUCUCAAUGGUUCGGUUCCCCGACAGAAUCUCCAAUAACACAGUAUCUCGCAGUUUAUGAACAUAUCAGAGCCGUAAAAGCGGGGUUUGAUGUAAGUGGAAAAUACUCACUAUUGAUUCCAUUUCCGUCUAUAAACAUCCAUUACUCAGACAGAUUAGGGAUGCAAAAUGGUCAGCCUUGCCGUUGA